AUGUGGAUUCUCGAUUCGACGGGGGAUUUUCUGAGCGGGAAGCGCGUGUGGCUGCGACCCGGCAAGAAGUAUCUCUUCGGUCGAAUCAAGCAAGAUGGCGUUCUUCAUGCCGUUGACCAUAAAACGAUCUCCCGUAAACAUAUCGUGAUCCAAGUCCUCGAGGUGAAGGAAGGAGAUGGGACUCGCACACACGCGCGAACCCAGAUUCGCAUCACCGACCUCGGAUCAUCUCGCGGCACAACGGUUGAUGGAGAACAAAUAAAAAGUCUCGAGCGGGUAUUGAAUGGGGAUGAGCACACGAUACAGCUGGGUCGAGCUCCAGACGCUCUCCGUUUAAAAUGGGAGCCAGUGGUACUAAGUUUCUCCUUCUCAUCCAAGGAAAUGAGAACCCAGGACCCUCUAGUCAAAGUCCGCUCACGCCUCGAAGCUCUCGACAUCAAAACAGUGAUUGAUUACCUAGUCGGUCACACAACACACGUGGUCCAAAGCAAGCGUAAUACUGCAAAAGGUCUCCAGGCGCUCAUAAAUGGCAAGUUCAUUGUGGAAAACUCCUAUAUCGACGCACUGGUCUAUGCUGCCUCUCCGAGUGAUCUUGAAAAUGAGGAAUCGUUAUCGCCCUUGGAGAUAGAUUUCGAAUCAUCGUGGCCAGACCCGAUGGAGCAUCUCCCACCUGCUGGCAAUGAGCCCACCAGUCGUUCUACAGAAGCCUUUUCCCCCAACCCCUCCCGAGUCAAUGUUUUCGAGGGCUACACCUUCGUCUUUGGCGAUGCUGCUCAGUUUGCCAAUCUGCAGGCAGCCAUCAACAAUGGCCAAGGAAAGGCAUUAUUAUAUGAAGUCAAAGAUGGCGUGACCACAGCGUCGGAGAUCAUCCAAUUUAUGAAGCAAGCUGCGGGCUAUAAAGGUCAUGGGACGCCGGAGGGUGUUGUUCUCGUACGCUUUCGCUCGAAGGGGGAGUAUGAGCAAUGGUCUAUUGAUCUGGGUAAUGAGGUUGCUCUGGCGAUUGACCGACGCGUUAUUGAGCAGAGGGAAUUCUUAGAUGCAAUCCUCGGGAAUGAUGCUUCUCCGCUUUGUCGCCCUCUUCCGCGCGAGGAAGGAUCGAGCCAAGCCUCUGUGGCUGGUAUGCCAUCCGAACCCGAGCCAGCUUCUGCAACGCCCCUGGAGUUGUCACAGUCAAGGUCGCGGUCAAGAUCUAGGUCAAGAGGGCCUCGAGUGCGCCCCUUCGUGAGUAAAAUGAAAAUGUUUGAUGAUGGCUUCGACAUGGACUCCAUCCCAGUUCAUACGCCAGAGGCCGACGAUGUCAUUGAGAGUCAACAAAUGGACAUGGAGCCCGAGGAUCCUUCCCUGGCUCAGCCCCUCGGUACAGUCGAAGAAGAAGUCGGAGAUGAUAUGGUGUCUGAAAUGUUGCCCGGCGCACGUGCCAUGAAACGCCGGCGCGAGGAGAUGGGGGAAGAUACCCAAACUGGCAGGGCCACCCGCGUCAAAACAGAGGCCCCCAAGACGAGGCGUCCUAAGAUGGACGUAUUAGAGGAAGCGCGCAAGCAUCGGGAAGAAGAGGAAGAAAAACAGCGCCAGGCAACAGAACACCCACUUGAAUCGCAGGAUGUGAAUGUUGAAGAGCUCAAAAAUCUUGCUAUCAUCGAAGAAAUGGACGUCCCCUUGCGAGAACCACCUGCCCGCGAAAGCGAAGACCCUGAUAGGUGGGACGAGAAUUGGAAUGGCCGCAAGAACUUCAAGCGUUUCCGACGGAAAGGCGACUCGCAGCGUUCCCGCCAGCGAAUCCAAGCCGUGAUUGUCCCACUGGAAGAGGUGACACGCAAGGACUUUGGGAUCGGGGAGUACCAAUGGGUCAGCAACAGCAAGACAAAAACACCCGAGGUCAGCCAGCAUGCAGAGCGUGGAGAAUCAGCUCCCCUCCGUGAAGAGCGAGCUGUAUCAGCUGUGUCACGAUCGGAACUUUCGGUGCCAGUCUCGGCCACUCCAGAUCCAACUCCUCCGCAGUCAAGCUUGUCUCGUGCUCGCAGCCACAAACGACCGCGGCAGACACAGGCUAAUAAUUCAGACAGCGAUGAGGAGCUUCGCUUCCGAUUUAGAAGAAAGCGUUAG